UGUUUUUAUGUAGCUUUGUCCAGAGAAUAGUGAAGAGUUUGUUGAUUAUUUGAUAUCAAUAGAUAGACUUGAUGAAGCUGCCAUCAAACUAGCUGAAAUUGUCAAUAAAGAGUCAUUCUUCUCAAAGGAAGGUAAGUCCAAGUUCCAGUUGUGGUACGAGCUGUGUGAGCUGAUAGCUAAGAACCCUGACAAAGUGACUAGUUUAAAUGUAGAGGCUAUCAUUAGAGGAGGAAUAAAACGGUUCACUGACAUGGUGGGUCAGUUGUGAUGCUCACUAGCAGACUAUCACAUUAGAGCUGGUAGAUUUGAGAGAGGUAGGGACAUAUACAAUGAGGGGAUACACUCUGUCAUCACAGUCCGUGAUUUCACACAAAUAUUUGAUGCUUAUUCACAAUAUGAGGAAACAAUGAUACAAUCAAAGAUGGAGUCAACCACAGAACUCACUGAGGAAGAUGAGGUUGAGUUGGAACUAAGACUCUCACGUUUUGAGAACCUAAUGGACACGAGGCCAGUACUCCUCAGUAGCGUCCUCCUCCGUCAGAAUCCUCACAACGUCCACGAGUGGCACAAGAGGGUGGCACUGUUUGAAGGAAGACCCUCUGACAUUAUUAAAACAUUCACUGAGGCAGUUCAGACUGUCAAUAUAGAGCAAGCAGUGGGGAAACCACACACACUCUGGACUGCCUUUGCUAUGUUCUAUGAAACUAAUAAUCAGCUACCAGAGGCUCGUAUUAUAUUUGAUAAAGCUACUAAGGUUCAGUUUAAAUCAGUUGAUGAUUUAGCUAAUGUUUGGUGUGAGUAUGCUGAAAUGGAGCUCAGGCACGAAAAUUAUGACAGAGCACUACAGCUGAUGCAGAGAGCAACUGCAGUCCCUCCUAAAAGAGCUGCCUACUAUGACAAGAGUGAGCCGGUUCAGAAUAGAUUAUAUAAGAAUCUAAAGGUUUGGUCAAUGUAUGCUGACCUUGAGGAGAGCCUGGGAACACUUGAAACCACUAAGGCAGUAUACAACAGGAUUAUUGAUCUAAAGAUUGCCACUCCACAGACUAUACUCAAUUUCUGCUCCUUCCUAGAGGAGAACAAUUAUUUUGAGGAAAGUUUCAAGGCUUACGAGAGAGGGAUAUCGCUAUUCCGCUGGCCACACGUUAACGAACUGUGGAAGGAUUACCUCACGAAAUUCAUAAAUAGAUAUGGAGGGAAGAAGUUAGAGAGAGCAAGAGAUUUGUUUGAGCAAGCACUUGAUGGCUGUCCAACUGAAUAUGCUAAAAAUUUGUAUCUGCUUUAUGCUAAACUGGAGGAAGACUACGGACUAACAAGACGUGCCAUGAAUGUGUAUGAGAGAGCCACAGCAGCAGUACUGCCUGAGGAACAACAUGAGAUGUUUUCUAUUUAUAUUAAACGUGCCUCAGAGUCCUUUGGUAUAGUACAGACCAGAUCAAUACAUGAGAAGGCAAUUGAAGUAUUACCAGAAGGACCCGCUAGGGAGAUGUGUUUAAGUUAUGCUCAAUUGGAGACUAAACUUGGUGAGAUAGAUAGAGCAAGAGCUAUUUAUAGUCAUGGAUCUCAGUUCAGUGAUCCACGGACUGCUAAGAAGUACUGGAAGGAGUGGCAGGAGUUUGAGGUACGUCAUGGAAAUGAGGACACAUUUAGAGAAAUGCUAAGAAUAAAGAGAAGUGUUCAAGCACAAUAUAACACACAGGUUAAUUUUAUGAUGUCUUCCCAAAUGAUGGCCAAUACUGCAAAACAAGCCAUGACUGGAGGACAGGACGACAUGAAACUGUUGGAAGAGAAGGCGAGAGCAAUGAAUGAAGAAACCAAAAAGGACAAAGCGAAAACAAAAACAAUGAGUUUUGUAAAGAGUACAGAGGCAACUGCUGAAAUGGAGGAAUUGGCAAGAAAUGCUAAUCCGGAUGAAAUUAAUAUCGCCGAAGACGACGAUGAAGAUAUUCAACCAGUAGAAGAAAUUCAAUUGGAGAAACAAACCGUCCCAAGUGCUGUUUUUGGAGGAAUAUCCGAUGAGAAUUUGGGAGCUAGAGAAAGGCUGGCGGCCAAAAGAAAGCGAUGAAACAUUAAUUUUUUGUGAUUUUCAGCUAAAAUGAUUAUAAUUAUCUUCUCCUUUGUUUAUCUCUAAUGACCCCGUUGGUGAAUGGAG